GGGAGGCUCCGCGUCCAGUGUCCCGCGCCGCCUGCUGGCAUGCUCUUCCCGACCCGCCUGGCGGCGCUUCCCUGGCUUCUCCGCGCUCUCGGGCCUGCUCCUGUCGCCGCCAUGAGAACUGGCACCUUCGUCGUGUCGCAGCCGCUCAACUUCCGCGGCGGGGCCCGCGUGGAGCCGGCGGACGCCUCGGGCACCGAGAAGGCGUUCGAGCCGGCCACCGGUCGUGUGAUAGCCACUUUCGCUUGUUCUGGAGAAAAGGAGGUAAAUUUGGCUGUGCAGAAUGCCAAGGCUGCCUUUGAAGUAUGGAGUAAAAAAUCUGGCAUGGAGCGUGGUCGAAUCCUUUUGGAGGCUGCCAGGAUCAUUAGGGAACGGAGGGAUGAAAUUGCCACCGUGGAGACCAUCAACAAUGGCAAAUCCAUCUUUGAGGCCCGCUUGGAUGUUGACAGUUCCUGGCAGUGCCUGGAGUAUUACGCAGGCUUGGCCGCGUCCCUGGCCGGUGAACACAUCCAGCUCCCAGGCGGGUCCUUCGGCUACACCAGGAGGGAGCCGCUCGGCGUGUGUGUGGGGAUAGGCGCCUGGAACUACCCCUUCCAGAUCGCCUGCUGGAAGUCGGCGCCAGCUCUGGCCUGCGGUAACGCCAUGGUCUUUAAGCCGUCUCCCUUCACGCCUGCAUCCGUGCUGCUGCUGGCCGAGGUCUACGCCCAGGCCGGGGUGCCUCCCGGCCUCUUCAACGUGGUGCAGGGGGGCGCCGCCACGGGCCAGCUCCUAUGCCAGCACCGCGACGUGGCCAAGGUCUCCUUCACCGGCAGCGUGCCCACGGGCACGAAGAUCAUGGAGAUGUCGGCGAAGGGGAUCAAACCCGUCACCUUGGAGCUGGGCGGCAAGUCCCCGCUGAUCAUCUUCUCAGACUGCGACCUGGACAGCGCCGCCAAGGGGGCGCUGAUGGCCAACUUCUUGACACAGGGAGAGGUUUGCUGCAACGGCACGAGGGUAUUCGUGCAGAAGGAAAUUCUCGACAGAUUUACCGCAGAAGUGGUGAAACAGACCAAAAGGAUAAAACUCGGGGACCCCCUUCUAGAGGACACCAGGAUGGGCCCCCUCAUCAACCGGCCACACCUGGAGCGUGUCCUUGGGUUCGUCAAACUGGCAAAGGAGCAGGGCGCUACAGUGUUAUGUGGUGGAGAGCCCUACGUGCCCGAGGACCCCAAGUUAAAGGACGGGUUCUACAUGACGCCUUGCGUGUUAACUCAUUGCAGGGACGACAUGACCUGUGUGAAAGAAGAGAUCUUUGGACCAGUUAUGUCCAUUUUAUCAUUCGACACCGAGGCUGAGGUUCUGGAAAGAGCCAACGAUACCACGUUUGGACUGGCCGCUGGCGUCUUCACCAGGGACAUCCAGCGUGCUCACAGAGUGGUCGCCGAGCUCCAGGCCGGAAUGUGCUUCAUCAACAACUACAGCACCUCCCCCGUGGAGCUGCCCUUUGGAGGGUAUAAGAAGUCAGGGUUUGGCAGAGAGAACGGCCGUGUGACCAUCGAGUAUUACUCACAGCUAAAGACUGUGUACGUGGAGAUGGGCGAUGUGGAGUCUGUGUUUUGAAAUCGCGCCGUGAAACCCGUCGACGUGGCCAGGCCGAGGAACAGAGAGGACCGGCCCUCUCGGCGGGCCCGGCCUUCCCCAUCCCCCACCCCCCUGCACCCCGCUUCCGUCACUGGGGACAGGAUUCGUCACCCAGACAUCUUCCUAACUGAAACUGUAGAAGUGCCUUCUCCUCUGCUGUUACGGUUUCCUUUGGAGGGUUGAGCAGCAGCAGGUGCUCUUCUCUGCCUCCCCGUCCAAUCUUGUCUCCCAGAGGUAACUACUGUUAACACUUGGGUACUGGUUUUUCUAGGAUUUUCUUCAAGGGGAUAACUGCUAACGAACCCUUUAUCUGGACGGGGCCUCGUGUAAGUGGGCCCACCUCACACCAUUCUUAUGUAUUUUAAGAUGUCCUUGGUUGGCAGAUGCCUACGCUACAGGUAUUGAUAGACGUCUUGGAAUGGUAUUAAAGCGAGCGAGAAAAAGCAAA